GAAAUCGCUGAAGCUGUGGAGAAAGCUGAUGUGCCAGACCCUGGCAAGCAAAUAGAAUUGAAAGCAGCCAGGACUGCGGCUGCAAAGACAGCAGCAGCACCCAAGACUGGAACGUAUACGCUCAAGAGGCACAAACGGAAGGGCGCGGCUACUGCUCUGGCCAUUCACCAUCGAGAGGAGAAGAAGCAAAUCUGCCAGUUGUUGGAGACUGUUCUGGAAGAUGCAGAGAGCAAGAUGGAUGAAUUGGUCCAAGAGCUGAACUCCGGGAAGAUAUCCCGAGAGGAGGCCGUCCGCGUUGUUGAUCAAAUCAAGGGCAAAGCCCAUGCUGUGGAG